AAAAAUAAAGUAGAGUUAGAACUUGAUGAUGAUGAUAUUGAAAUAAUCAUAGGGAAAAAGUUUUCUAAACAUUACUUUCUCAAUUUAAGUCAAAAAAAACUUAAAGAAAAACUUGAAGAACAUGGAAUGCAACUGGGACCAGCAUACACAAUAGCAAUGUUGGUCAAAAAACUCAAGAGUGAGGCCCAGGAUAAGUAG